AUGGUGGCGUUUUUGAAGUCCGCGAAUUUUAAACAACAUUUGUCAAACGUGACGUUGCUUGAGGAAAUGAUUAUCAAGCUGACGCAAACCAGACCAUUCGAUGGGGCGAAGAACGCUGCGACCAUGACGCGUUACCCAACAGUCGAACAUUUUUCGGAGUGGCUCAGCGACUUGGCAAGGAUAAUCAGUCUAAUGCCGACAAAAAGCACACAAAGCUGCAAACAAAAUGCUGCGCCGAACAGUCCGCGUCGCCUCAUGCAUAUCAACCGAGCGAAAGAGACUUUAAAAUGUUACCACUGCAGCGGAAGCCAUAUGAUAGCACAGUGCGUGUCGUUCAAGUCGAUAGGCGUUCAGGACCGGUGGGAAUUGGUCAAAACAAAACAAUUAUGCUUUUCAUGUUUGCGCAAGGGCCACUGCACGCAGAAAUGUCGGUCAAGGCGAAAGUGUGAAGUGAAUGGAUGCCAACGAUACCACAACCAGCUACUUCACAAUGAGGAAGCAGCGGAUCAAGCGCCACGUCGAGUCACGCAAUUGGAUGCCGCUGUGCAGCCACUGCUAAAUUGUCGGGUAACACAAAGUUCGCAAGGUUUAUUAUUUAAAAUGUUACCGGUUAAUAUUUACGGCCCGGACGGCAAGCGGGAGGUCCUUGCCAUAUUUGGCGAAGGUUCGUCAGUGUCCAUAAUGGAGACCGGCGUAGCAAAUUUGAUCGCUGCUAAAGGCGAUGUACAUCCACUCAUGCUGCAGUGGUACGCCGAUAAAAUGGUAACCGAGCAAGCCAGUUAA